CUUUGGCUGUCGUCUUCCAGCUCUUGCUUCAACAGUGCUUGAACGGAGCAGGGUCGCGGCCGCCCCAUCCUUCCAUCUCUCCGCCAGACCAGCAAAACCAGCCUCCCUCCAUCUGCGCCAUGAGCUCCCAGGUCCGCCAGAACUACCACGCCGAGAGUGAAGCUGGGGUGAACCGCUUGGUCAAUCAGUUCCUCCAUGCCACCUACGCCUAUCUGUCCUUGGGUUUUUAUUUCACCCGGGAUGAUGUGGCUCUGUCCAAGUUUGCAUCCUUUUUCCGACACGUGUUUGAGGAGAAACACGAACAAGCUGAGAAACUCCUGACCUUCCAGAACCGUCGUGGAGGGAGAGUUGUUCUGCAGGAUGUUAAAAAACCGGAGCAGGAUGAAUGGGGGAAUGGAGCCUCUGCCAUGGCCUUCGCCCUUCAGCUGGAGAAGAGUGUGAACCAGGCCCUGCUGGAUCUGCACCAGAUUGCUUCUCGCCAUGUGGAUCCUCAUCUGUGUGACUUCCUAGAGACUCACUACCUUGAUGAGGAGGUGAAGCUGAUCAAGACUGGGGAUCACGUGACCAACCUGAAGCGGGUGCGUGCCAGCGAGGACGGCCUGGGCGAGUACCUCUUCGAUCGCCUCACCUUGGGCGAGUCCAGCGACUGAGCUGCAGAGUUGCUGGUUCCCUCCAGAGUCCUCCCACCAACUUGUCCAGUUGUGUUGCUCUAAUUUGUCAUGUGUUUGUGUUUAAAAAAAAAUUUUUUUUUUAAAGCUGGCUGUUCAGUGAAGAGACAUGCCUCUGUACCCUGCGCAUCUUGGGGGGAGUCUGUAACUGGCAUUAAAUCUUGGCA